AUGCUUCUUCGUUCGUUCGUGCUUCUGGUCGUCCUCCUUGCCGUCGCCGUCGGCGCCUUCAGCAAAAACUCACUGAGCAAGGACAAGAACACCCGCUCCUACAGCAAGGUUCCGGUAGUUUCUGAUUUUCUUUUUGAUUCUUUGAAAAAUUUUCGUCUUAGUCUGCUCACAAAAGCUCUCAAGCGUUUUUUUAAAGUUUCAAACAAGGUCCGGAUACGAGAAGCUUUUUCUGAUUAUUAUAAUGUGUGCGAAAUUCCUAUUUUGAGUGUUAAAAGAAUCAGUAAACCUUCGAAAGGCUAGAAAAAUAAUUUAUCAAGAAAAUAGGACUUCUACCCUUCUGAAAAAUUCAAAAAAGACUAUGAAGACAAUAUUUUGACCUUGAAAAAAAGUGUUUGAGAGAUAACCACAGAAUCAAUUUUUUUAAAAUUAUUUUUUUCAAAAGUUAUAAAAACAAUAAAAAAACGAAGUUGAGCUUAUCAAAAAGCCAAAAAAACGUCCUAACUAUACUUUUUUUCGCCACAACUUGAAACAUUCUGACCUGUCUGCGUUCUGUCUUUUUAACAGUCUAUUUUCAUAUGACGUCAUGUGAGAUGCAGGCAGGUCGCAAAAAUCUGUUCAAAUUUUGGAUGUGAAGUCGUCUUCCAAGCUCCGCCUUUUAUAAACCAAUCAGAGAGCGCGUUUCGAAUGACGUCAUUUUGAUUGAGAUUAAAAAUCUAAACAGACGAGAUUUUUAUGAAAAUAAUUCUCGAAACUGUAUUUCGAAACUCACUCCAUUCCAUUACAGCACCCAAUUUCGAAGCGAGUUUUGCGAUUCGAGCGUUCCGUAACGCUUGACGACCUCGUCUCGGGCAACGCCGAAUUCCCGAAACCCGACGAACUUUCCUACUUCAACAUUGACUUUGCCAAGAUCCGACCGUGAGUUUCGUUUUUUUCAUUUCGCGAAAUUCAAAACUUAGGAACUCCAAAGUGGUCCCUAUAGGGGCCCUUGAAAUGUCCUCUCUAGCGACCACUUUAUCGACCCCUAUAGGGGCCACUAAAGCUUGCAAAAGUGGUAGAGGGGAUUUAGUUAGUGACCCCUAUAGGGGACAAUAACUCUAUCUACAAGUCAGAAAGUUGAGUUUUGCUUAGGAACCCCAGAGUUGUCCCUGUAGGGGUUAUGAUAGGAACCCUUGAAGUUUCCUCUAUAGGGGCCACUGAAGCUUGCAAAAGUGGUCCCUAUAGGAGUUUUUAGUGGGAGCCACUUUAGGGGACAUGCUAGUCUUGAAUGUUUUUUUGUGAAAUUGAACGACCACAGGGGAAAAAAUUAUUAAUAAACAAAUUUUCAGUGAGAUUCCCUCCAAGACCAAGACCUCGUCCUACGGUAGCCUGGACUACGCUCCAGAGCUGGAAUUCUAA